AUAAAGCAGCGUCGCGAUUCAUCGGUCUUCUGUUUCAGGACUGAUUGUUGCUACCACACAGUGAUUGUGAAUCCAUUCGCAAAUCAAUUCACCAAUAAAUGCUCUGAAUAUUCCUGUCAUCUUUGAAUUGAUGAAGAGUUUCCAGAAGAGCAGGACAAACUUUAAGUGUGUCAACCAUUUCUGACAUACUACUGCAAAGAUGGAUUUUAUUAAAGAGGAGAGAGAGGACAUGGGUUAUCCAGAACCAAACAGAGUGAAAAAUGAAGAAACUGAAGAACAAAUAGGCCUGAUGGAAUUGAAAGUGGAAAAUGAAGAACUGAAUGAAGUGGAGAAGAAAUAUCAGGAUCCUCAUACAUCCAUAACUGAAGAAAAAUCAAUUAGUUGCUCAAAGACUGAAAAUAAUUCCUCACAACAAACAACUCAAAGCUCAAAAGCCACAAAGCGUUUCACCUGUCCUCAGUGUGGAAAGAGUUUCACACGUAAAUUAACCCUAAAGGAACACAUAAGAAUUCACACUGGAGAGAAUCCUUUCACAUGUCCUCAGUGUGGAAAGAGUUUCAGACAAAAAGGACACCUUACCAGUCACGUGAGAAUUCACACUGGAGAGAAUCCUUUCACAUGUCCUCUGUGUGGAAAAAGUUUCAAACAAAAAACAAGCCUAAAUACCCACAAAAGAACUCACUCUGGAGAGAAGCCCUUCACAUGCACUCAGUGUGGAAAGAGUUUCUCACGGAAAGAAAACCUUAAAAUUCACAUGAGAGCUCACACUGGAGAGAGGCCUUUCACAUGUCAUUACUGUGGAGAGAGAUUCAAAUAUUUAACUAAUCUUCAAAAUCAUAUUCACUCUCAGCACACUGGAGCAAAGUCAUUUAACUGUGAUCAGUGCGAUAAAAGUUUUAUCUUGGAAUCUGACCUGAAAAUUCACCAGGACCCACAUUUGUGCUCUUUUUGUGGAGAGAGUUUUUCAUGCCCACACCAUUUCAAAGAGCACCAGAAAAUUCAUACUGGUGGGAAAAUUCAUGUGUGCCUUGAGUGUGGCGAUGCCUUUUCAGGAGCUGGCAACUUGAAGAUACACCAAAGAAUCCAUAUUCAAGAAAAACCUUACAACUGUUCAUAAUGCGUAUAGAGUUACACUCACUCAUGAGUCCUGAAAACAAAUGGAGGGAAUCCAUACCACCAGCCUUCAAUGUGGCAGAGUUUUAACACAUCGUUUACUCUUUUAAAAAAGCAUUGUGGAAAAAUGUCUCUGUGAGCUCUUCUUCAGGUUCAUCUUCAGGUCCAAUGCAUUAUAAUGUGUGAAAGUGUGUAAACCUAAAGAUAAAUGAAAUGGCCCUUUUGGUAGAAAUUCUAGUUUUUAGGAAUGCCUUUCUUUAAUGAUGGGAAGUAGUAGCAAUAGAAAUCUACUUAUAUAAAUGUUUAUUAUUGUAAUGUCUCCUUUCAGUUUAAUUUCUGUGACAUGUUGUUCACUGUUGAAAGAUGCUGUUAAAGAUAAUAGAGGCGUAACCAGCCAACUUCUCUUAUUGUGUGGAUGAAAACAAAAAUACAUUUAAAUGAAUUUUGGUUAUUCCAGUAUUCCUUACUUUUAUAUUUUUUGCUUUGUAAAAACAAGUCUA